CUUGUCCACAGCGUAACUCGUGCCUACUGGGUGUUCCUGAACGCAUCCCGACGUAGUCAUACCGGAAUAACUUCUUCAUCACUUCCGGUUGCGUGUGCGUAAAGAUGUCGCCGUCCUUGUUUAAUUUUAUCGACGCUAGAGACAAAUUUGUGGAUUCUGCAAAAUGUGCACUCACCGGUAAAAGCAGCAAACCUUUGACACAUACGUUCCACCAGAUUCCCGGAAAUGAGACAGAGAAGAAGACCACCCUAGACCAGGCAUUGAGGGGCGUUCUUGGUGAUCAGAUUGACCAGAAGAAGGCGACCUGUGAUGACUACCUGUCUCUCAUCUACCUGAGUAUAGAUGCUGUUACAGAAGGCAUCUGCUCUGCUACGACACCGUUCCUGCUGCUGGGAGAUGUACUGGACUGCCUUCCUCUUGACCAGUGUGACAAAAUAUUCUCUUUUGUUGAAGAGAAAGUCUCCACCUGGAAAUCGAACUCCUUUUACACCGCUGGGAAGAACUACUUGUUGAGGAUGUGUAACGAUCUUCUAAGACGUCUGUCAAAGUCUCAGAAUACUGUAUUCUGUGGGCGAAUCCAGCUUUUCCUAGCACGCCUUUUCCCUCUGUCUGAGAAAUCAGGCCUCAAUCUACAGAGUCAGUUUAAUCUGGACAAUAUAACAGUGUUCAAUAAAAAUGAGCAAGAAAGCACUCUGGGACAAAAGCACACAGAAGAAAAAGAAGAAAAUAUGGAGGUGGAGGAAGGAGAAAUGGGUGAAGAUGAUGCUCCUGCACCAUGUUCCAUUCCAAUUGACUACAACUUGUACAGAAAAUUUUGGACACUGCAGGACUAUUUCAGAAACCCUGUGCAGUGCUACGAUAAGUUCUCUUGGAUGACAUUCCUUAAGUACUCAGAUGAGACCUUGGCAGUAUUUAAGAGCUACAAACUGGAUGACAUGCAGGCCUCUAAGAGGAAACUGGAGGAGCUGAGAAUGUCUGAUGGAGAGCACGUCUACUUUGCCAAGUUCCUCACUAGUGAGAAGCUGAUGGACUUGCAGCUCAGCGAUGGCAACUUCAGACGACACAUACUCCUGCAGUACCUCAUCCUCUUCCAGUACCUGAAGGGCCAGGUCAAAUUCAAAAGUUCCAGCUGUGCUUUGAAUGAUGACCAAGCUACAUGGAUUGAAGAAACAACUAAACUAGUUUAUCAGCUGCUGAAAGAAAUCCCUCCUGAUGGAGACAAGUUUGCCACCAUGGUUGAGCAUAUCCUCGACACAGAGGAGAACUGGAACGGCUGGAAAAAUGAGGGGUGUCCAAGUUUUGUGAAAGAAAGGACAGUUGAUGACAAGCCUAAAAGACCAACCAGGAAAAGACAAGCACCUGAAGACUUUCUUGGAAAGGGACCAGACCGCAAGAUCUUCAUGGGAAAUGAUGAAUUGACUCGACUGUGGAACCUGAACCAAGAUAAUAUGGAAGCCUGCAAGUCAGACAGCAGAGAGUUUAUGCCCUCCCUUGAUGAAUUCUUUGCAGAGGCCAUUGAACAAGCUGACCCCGCAAACAUGGUGGAGGAUGAGUAUAAGGUUGUGCGAAACCCAAACUAUGGCUGGCGUGCUCUGAGGCUUCUCUCCAGAAGAAGUCCACACUUCUUUCAGCCAACUAAUCAGAAGUUCAAGAGCCUGGCUGACUACCUAGACAGCAUGGUCAGCAAACUGGCCAAAGAACUGCCCAAGGACAUUCCCUCUGAAGAGAUCAAGACCGGAGAAGAGGACGACGACGAUAAUGGAGAUAACCUUCUCAAAGAAAGCAAUGAUAGUCCAAGCAUACAGAGCAAACUUGUGACAAAUCAGCAGAUGGAUGAUAUUGCAGCCAAACUUGGUGCUCAGUGGAAGAGCCUGGCUUCUCAUUUGGAAAUGAAAGCAGCAGAGUUGCGGGAGAUUGAAUCAGACAGUGAAGAUGUUGACAUGCAGGCUAAACUGCUGCUUGUCGCCUGGCAGGACAGAGAGGGAACACAAGCCACUGUGGAUAAUUUGGUCACAGCACUGAAUGCUGCAGGAUUCUCCCAGAUUGCAGACAGCCUCAGUGAGGCUUAAAAUAACUUGUUACCGUUGCAGGCUUUUCACACCGAAACAUAUUUUGUAUGUAGUUCAAUUGAAAGAAUUUUUUCACCAUUAGAAAAUUCAAUAAAUGUUUUCUUAUUCAA